AGGUACAAUAUUGUAAACAGGUCAUGUUUUUCAAAUGAUAGUAGUAUAGCAUAAGCGGUGGUUACUUGUUAAUGAACUAAAAUCCAUUUAGUCUGAACUGUACGCAAAACGAAAAAUAAGCCCCUAAUUCCAGGUCUACAAGGCAAAAAUGGCCAACCCUCUGAAGAGUGCUGUGGUCAAACUGUACAAAAAUCUGCUGUAUGUGGGACGGGAUUAUCCCAAAGGCAACGACUACUUCAGAGAACGGCUGAAGGCUGCGUUCAUGAAAAAUAAGGAUGUGACAGACCCUGAAAAGAUAAAGCAACUGAUUGCACGAGGGGAGUUUGUGAUGAAAGAGUUGGAGGCUUUAUAUUUCCUUAGGAAGUACAGAGCCAUGAAGAAGCGCUACUACGACUCUGAGAAGUGAAGGUGCAGAAUAAAGAACGCAAGGCUAACGGAUGUGUAAUUGUAACCAUCUGCUUCACUUUCAUUUGAAAGCAUUCGUCAAACUGAAGACCCGCAAUGUCGCCAUUUGAUUGCCUCAUGCUUGCCAGGUCAAGGCUGUCUGCGUUGUUGCACUUGAGAAGUUGAAGUAUGUCCAUGUAUACACAAGGGUUUAGCUACUGGAAAGUAUUCAUAUUGUAUGAAGUGUUUAAAACAAAAACUCUCCCAAGUUUACCCCCCAAGUUGUACAAUGUAAAGUAUUUAACCAGAAAGGGGGCUGUCAGAAUGACAGCACUAAAUUCCCCAGACAACUACGUCACUUUCUCCAGCUGUCUAUUCCAUACCAAAAUGGUUAUUUCAUUUUUGUUUAUAUAUAUAAAAAAAUCCUCAUUUGCAAUAAAAGUUUAUAGACAAUGUU